UACAAAGGACUCUCUCUAUCUCUCUCUUUCUCAUUCUCCCUCUCACACCCAGAGACACAGAGGUUGAAGAAGGAGGAGGAGAUGUCAAAAAUUGAUGCAUCUGAGAUUAUUGGAGGAGAAAUAUCUUAUAAUUGGCUAUUGAAAGGUACGCCACCACUUGUCUCCUCAUUUCUUUUGCUUCGUUCUCUCUCUACCAUUUUUACAAGACCUACUUUUUCUGCUCAUCCUCCUCCUGUAAUUACGAAUCAACCAGUCAAGCUUUCUAAAACUGUAACCACACAUCAAUGCAAUUCGAAUUUCGACGAUGCUGUUAAUUUGUUUAAUCGCAUGGUCCAAAUGCGACCUUUGCCCCCCCCCGUUUCUGACUUCAACAAAGCUUUAGGGACUAUUACGAAAAUGGGUCAUUACGCCACUGCUCUUUCUCUUAUUCUGAACAAGUUGCAACAGUUCCAAGGCAUCCUGGUCGAUAUCUACACCUUCAACAUUGCUAUUUACUGUUGCUGCCGCCUUAAUUGAGUCCAUUUUGAAUUCUCUCUUUUUGGUUGCCUCUUCAAACGCGGUUUUACACCGACUGUAGCUACCUUCAACACUCUGAUAAAUGGACUUAUUUUGGAAGAUAAAACCCCUGAUGGUGUGGAGUUAUUUAAGAAAUUAAUAACCAGUAGAGAAAUUGAACCCAACGUGGUUAUGUAUGGAACCAUUAUUAAUGGGCUUUGCAGAACUGGAAACACUAUCAGGGCUGUUAGUUUGCUUAGGAUAAUGGAACAGGGGAGUUAUAAACCUGACACCGUAGUGUGUAACUCAAUCAUUGAUAGUCUUUGCAAGGAUAGAAUGGUGGAUGAUGCUCUGAAACUCUUUUCUAAGAUGAAUGAACCAGGCAUUCGUCGAGAUGUUGUCACUUACCUCUUUGAUUCAUGGCCUACGUAAUUUUGGAAGGUGAAAGGAGGCUACCAAAAUGUUAAGAAAAAUGUUGGAUGCCAGUAUUUCUCAAAAUGUUCCUACAUUUAAUGCGAUCGUGGAUGCACUUACCAAGGAAGGGAAGGCAAAGGAGGCAGAGGGGUACUUAAAGUCAUGAUACAAAGAGGUGUGGAUCCUAAUGUAAUCACAUACAGUACUCUAAUGGAUGGAUAUUGUUUGCAAGGCUACAUGGAUGAAGCAAUCAGAGUGUUCAAUACCAUAGUGGAUAGGGGCCUCCACCCUAAUGUUGUUAGCUAUAACAUUCUAAUCAACGGAUAUUGCAAGAAGAUGAAAAUAGAUGAGGCCAUGCAUCUCUUUCGAGAAAUGCCUCGGAGGGGGUUGAAACACAACAGCAGAACUUUUAACACUAUGUUACAAGGUUUGUUUCGAUCAAGUACAUGUGGAGCUGCUCAGGAACUUUUUAAUGAGAUGCAAGUUGUAGGCAUAAUUCCAAAUUCUCAAACUUAUGGUAUCUUAUUGGAUGGGUUGUGCAAAAUGGGCAUAUUUCUGAUGGAAAGGAACGGUUUAGAUCUUGAUGUUGUUAUGUACAGUAUUCUCAUUGAUACAUUCUGCAAGGAUAAAAAGUUUGAUACUACAAGGGCCCUUUUCAAUAACCUUUCUUCCAAGGGAUUACAUCCUAAUGUUAAGACAUACAAUAUGAUGAUACACGGUCUUUGUGAAGAAGGCCUAUUACAUGAAGCUAAGGAGUUGUUUGUUAAAAUGGAACAAAGUGGUUGCUUGGCAGAUGGUGUCACUUACAACAUUAUUAACCGAGGAUUUAUUGGACAACACAAGUGCUAUGAGGCAUUAAUACUAGUUGAGGAAAUGGUUUAAAGGGGUUUUUCAGCAGAUGCAUCCACUUUUCCCUUGAUCAUAGAUAUACUCUCAACUAAAGGACAAGAUCUUGCUCUUCAAGAAGUGAUAAAGAAGUUCAUGCCAAAAGAUAGUCAUGGAAUGCAAGAGAAUGAGUAAAUUUCUCAAGCUGUGAAGUGGUUCUACUAUUUGCUCCCUUCCUCCCAUUUGUCCUCUAUAUGAUGAAAUUUGGUAAACCUUAGUAUUCCGUCUCUCUCUCUUGGCAAGUGCACAGAGAAGAAAUUUCAAGAAAAGCGAAGGCGGUUGUCUUUAUUUGAAGGAUUCUCCCAUCUCAGCAAAUCAUUGGUUGUUUUAAGAGAAUGUCAAUUUUGAUUUAUAUUGUUUAGCCCUUGUCCUCUGAUACACAUGGUGAGAAAGCAAAUUUCUGAGGCAUAUCUACCAAGAAAGCUAGAAGCAUUUUCAGGAGCAAAGUUGUACAAGAAUUGAAGCCUACUGCUGAUGAAGCUCAGGAGUUGCUUUAAUUGGAAAGAUCAGUUUAACUUGCAAGUUGAGAAACAGUAAUUAAAGAGUUCCAUACCGGGGAAGCUUGUCUUGGCUUGCUACCUACCCUCAAUAUGCAACCCCCACCCUGCUUUGGGGCGCUUCCUUGACACCACAAAUGGAAUAUCAUAAAGCUACACACAAUAUUUCAAGUAAAUAUUAAAUCCGACAUGGCUCAUUUACAUGACUAUUUAGGUUUUCAGUGCUUGCUAAUAUAGUGGCUAGUUGUUGUCAGUGCCUACAUUUGAAACUAUCUGUUGAGCUAGUCUUUUUCCAAUUAAUUUUAAGUCCACUAUAUAUUGUUUAUCAGUUC